CCCUUUUUCGUUUUUUUUUUUUCCUAGGGUUUCUAAUCACAACCCCCUUUUUUCCACACCUCAUCUUUUCCACAAUUCAAUUCGAUGGCUGAGGAACCCCAAUAUUCAUCCGGCGAUUUCACCACCGCCAAACGCAAAUACGACGACUCAACCACCACCCCACCACUACGUCGCCCCACCGGAUUCUCAGCUCCGAUCCUCUCCCCUGAUUCCGCCCCACCACCUGUUGCUGUUCAUGAUGAGAUCGAACUCGCUAAACAAAAAGCGCAACUAAUCGCUGCUCGUUUGUUUAACUCAGCUGAGGCUAAACGUCCUAAAUUUGAAAACUCCGCCGGUGGUGGAUAUGAUUCUAGUGAUAAUAAGGGUUUCAGCUCUGUUCCUAAUGACUAUGGACAAAAGCCUUAUUCGUCUACCCCUGUAUCUUCCGGCUAUGGUUAUGGAAGUACAAGUAAGAAGAUCGAUAUACCAAAUGGAAGAGUAGGUGUCAUUAUUGGUAAAGGUGGAGAGACCAUUAAAAAUCUUCAGUUGCAAUCUGGAGCAAAGAUACAGGUUACCAGAGAUAUGGAUGCUGAUCCUCAUUCACAAACCAGGGGAGUUGAGCUAACGGGUUCUCUAGAAGCUAUAGCCGAAGCUGAGAAGCUUAUAAAAGACGUGCUUGCUGAGGCUGAGUCGGGAGGUUCUGGAAUAGUUUCCCGAAGGCUGCCUGGUCAGCAAGGUGGAGCCGAACAAUUUGCGAUGCAAGUUCCGAACAACAAGGUUGGUCUUAUUAUUGGCAAAGGCGGUGAGACCAUAAAGAAUAUGCAAGCCAAUACAGGAGCUCGUAUUCAGGUGAUACCUCUACACCUACCCCCAGGCGAUACAUCUACUGAAAGGACCGUACAGAUAGAUGGGUCCAGUGAUCAGAUUGAGGCUGCAAAACAGUUGGUUAAUGAAGUUAUUAGUGAGAAUCGUAUGAGAAACCCUGCCGGUGGUGGUGGAUAUUCACAGCAAGGAUACCAAGCUCGUCCCCAGACAAAUUGGGCAGCACCUGGUCAACAAAUGCAGCAACAGGGUUACGGCUAUAUGCAACCUGGGGCCUACCCUGGUCAACCCACUCAAUAUACCCAACCACCAUAUGGGGGUUAUCCUCGUCAACAAACUGCAGGUGGAUAUGGAACUGGAUGGGACCAGUCGGCUUCUGGAGCUGCACCAGCUCAGCAAACUACCCAGGGAGGUGGCGGUUAUGACUAUUACAACCAGCAACAGGCUCCACAAACUCAACCACCUGGUGGCUCAUCGACCCCUACAGAUGCAUCUACCUAUGGUUAUGGUCAGCAGGCUCAAGCUUAUGGGCAAGAUGGCUAUGGAGGAUAUGGAGCUCCUCAAUCUGGUUAUGGUCAGCCACAGGCAGGAUAUGAUCAACAGGGCUAUGCUAAUCCAACAUCUGGAUACAAUGCUGCUAGCGAAACUGCUGAAGGAAAAACUGCUUCAUAUGGAGCUCAGGGUGAGAAUGCUACUCAAGCCCCGCCGUCUGCCUCCGCACCUCAAUCUGGGUACGCUCAGCCUGCUCAGACAGGCUAUGCCACCCAGCCUCCUUCAGGAUAUGGUGGUUAUGGGCCUCCUCAAACCAAUCCUCCGGUUACACCAACCUACGGGCAGCAACCUCAGCAGUCUCCACAAGGUAGCUAUGCACAGCCUGCUCCUUAUCCGGGUGGUUAUGCCCAGUCAGAUGCUAGUGGUCAACGCCCUCCGCCUCCUGCUUAUGGCAGUGGUGGAUAUGCCCAACCGCCAUAUGUACAGCAGCCACAGGCAUAUGGAGCCGCAUAUGCCAGUGGUUAUACCCAGCAACCACCUGCAUACUCUGGCGAUGCUGCUGCUCCAGCAGCUCAACCAACUCAGCCUAGUGGUGGUGCAGUUGCUAAAGCUUCACCUCAAAGUUGAUCGUUUUGAAGGAGGUAUAAGAGUAGAAGGUGUCUUCGGCAUUUGGUUAAUAUUUUGUGGUGGCUUAAGCAGGCGAAGUUCUUUAUUGCCUCUGAUAGACUUUGUACCAAGAUAAUCUUAUUUUAUGUUAGUAGAGUAUUUUUAUUUUGCAUGUUUAUCAAGUACCUGUGUAUCUGACCUCUUUAGGCGUUUUAUAUAUUGCAAUGGAUUGAUACA